UGAUAAAUCGUAAAAUCACUGUAACAACGUAAUCAAAAAGAUUACCAACUGACCCAUAAUAUGUCGUCUACAAAUGAUUUAAAAGCAGGUCGGAGCAGUUCCUCUGUUUAGACGCAUGUGUCUAAACACACCUGAAGAUACAACCAGGCGGGAUUUCGAAAAGGAAGGUCCUGCACUGACCAAAUCCCCACACUCCGCAUUAUCAUUGAGCAAUCGGUUGAAUGGGACGCAUCUUUGUACAUCUUUUUUGGAGACUUUUUAAAAGCUUUCAGCAGUGUGGAUAGAACAAUUCUAUGGAAAAUCCUCAAACAUGGCAUUCCAGAUAAAAUUAUUAGCAUAAUCAAGAGUAUCUAUGAAGGCAUGACUUGUCAGGUCAUCCACUCUGGAAAACUAUUAGAAGCCUUCGCAGUUGAAUCUGGAAUUAGGCAAGGAUGCUUACUGUCACCGCUGCUAUAGUAUUCAGCCUGGUCAUUGACUAUAUUAUGAAAAAGAAAAUCUAUGGCCAGUGCAACGGAAUACAAUGGACACUUUGGACCCUGCGUGACGACCUCGACUAUGCUGAUGACCUGGCAUUGCUUUCACACACACAACCAUAUUCAGGCAAAAACAGAUAAACAGGUUCAGGAAGCAGCUAAAGUCAGGCUGAAAUUCAACAUUACGAAGACAAAGUCAAUGAGGAUAAACGCACAAAAUGUGGACGCGGGGGAAAGAAGGACCAUCAAAGGGAAAGCAAUUGAGGAGGUGGAGACCUUCACAUACUUGGGUAGCGCUCUGGACAAAAACGGAGGGGCCGAGUAAGAUGUCAAGGACAGAAUAGGGAAGGCAACGUGCGCAUUCAAAUUGCUCAACAAAGUUUGGAAGACAAGCGCCAUCGCCCUCAAAACUAAAUUGAAAAUUUUCAACUCUAAUGUUUAGACCGUCCUCAUGUAUGGCUGUGAAACAUGGAAACUAACAGCCAAAAUAACCCCAAAAAUCCACAACGUUUUGUUAACAAAUGCUUGAGGAAGAUCCUCAGAAUAAUUUGGCCUCACACAAAUAAAGAACUCUGGGAGAGGACGAAGCAGACCCCAAUAGAAAGCCAAAUCAGAAGACGGAAAUGGGGCUAGGUGAGCAAUACUGUGGAAGAAAGCGACUGACAUCACAUGAACGGCGCUGAGCUGGUACCUGCAAUGAAGCGUCGGGUGGGAAGACCCAAAGCAACCUGGAGGCGAGACUCAGAGGCUGAACUCAAGAAGAAGGGUUACACUUGGAGGGAAAUGGAGCAGAAGGCAAUCAACCGAGCGACAUGGAGGAAGUUCACCAAUGACCUGUGUCUCCCAUGAGACUGAAGGGUCUAACAGCAACAAUAUUUAUUACAAGAGACACUUACAAAGCGAGGUGUACUAGGACAGCUUAAGGCACAAAUGCGGGCAGAGAUAUUCCGGUCUCUGGAAGAUACAAGUCGGCCACCCCCACGAUUGACAGAUGAAAACCUGCUUAUAAAUGAACUGAUAAGAGAGUAUUUGCUCUUCAACAACUACCGAUAUACAGAAUCGGUGCUUGUGUCAGAGUCUGGACUUCCAGAGAUGCCACUAGACAGGGAGUUGUUGACAAAAACGUUGAAUGUGACUCAGUCAGGUGCUUCUAGUCGUGUGCCUCUGUUGUAUGGCAUUUUGUCAUACUUUUCGUGUCCGCCCACUGCAGAUCGUAACACAUUGAAUGUAAAGGAAAACCUGCAGACCAGCACUGACCAAGACAGCAUCUAAAAGUCUCUGAUAUGAGCACAUUUAGAGUAGAGAAUACUCUGUUGAAGAAUAUUUUAGUACAAAGUUUGUAAAAUAUGUAAAUUGUUUAGCAUGUGGCUCUAGUAAUUUUUCGUGGUUUUAUAUGUGAAAAGGUUUAGUCAUAGUUGGUGACCAAUGCGUUUUUAUUCUUUCACAUGAAGCACUUGUAAAGCACAGCGGAUUUCUAGAUGUGCAGACACUUCUUUACCAUACACCGUUUACCGUGAAACUAACUGUCAAUAAAUGGCUUUUAUUCAAUGAUAA